CGUCACAAUGCUACAAUCCUUAUAAUAGAAACAACGUUGUGGCAACACAACUCUGGAGUUGUUGAAAUAUUAUGCUACUGUUAUGCUACCUCCGCGAGAGAGAGUUGCAAGAAAGAAGAAAGCAAUCAUGGAGAGUCUAAAAGCAGAUUCAUUGACGGAAUCGCUACAGAUUUUGCCGGCGAUUGAGGCAAAACCACGCAGUAUGCUACCAUCUUUGGAUACGCUGUAUGGACGAUCAAAACAUUUGAUGAAUAACAUGCCUCUGGAGAAAAAGACGUUCGAGAAACUUUCCAGCGCUUCAGAUAAACUGAAAAAUCCGUUGGAGACCGCUAUCUUUGGCGCUUUGGCGGCGCUACCAAACAAAAACGGCAAAACUAGGAAAGAAGUUGCUCCACAUAUUCCCUCGGGAAAAGAAGGAGGGCUCAUCAGUAAAGACAAUUCCUGCCCAAUGUGUUGUAGCUAUCACAUGAUGCAGACAAUGAAAAAGGUGGAAGAAACCAAAAAGCUGUUGUGUUACUCAGCUAAGCCAAAGCUAAAAAAGAAACCCAGGAUCAAAGACAGCUUGGAAAAGACUGUGUCCAAAGACAUCAAAAACAAUUUCCGAACUCAGUAUCCCAUCUCCGCCGUCGUGGUUCGCUGGAGACAACUGCGCUCAGUUAACCGGAACUUUGACACAUAUGCCCUCUAUUAUAUUCUCUCGCAAUUUGGGACCGUCGUCAUUUUGGACAUUUUGAGCGCCAACAGCGCAUGCGUUGUAUUUGAUGACAUCAGAGACAGUUGUGCCUUGGUUGAUCGAAAGAGAAUCGGAGAUCCGUCAACGGGGUUGUUUUGUUACUGGUAUCAUGUGUCUAUGAAGAACAAGACGUUUAGAAGCCAGAGAGGGCGUAUCAAGAGUGUAAAAGAUCCGUUUGUGAAAUGAACAAGGAACUAAGUUACCAGCUGUAUAGACUAGCCUACUAUUGACAAAUAUGUGAAAAAUACGAAUGAAAUAUUAAAUAGACAAAUAUCUCGCUUUUAAUCUCAUUGUUGUGACGCAUGUUUCUAGUACAAUUUGUGUCCUGAGUGUAACUCAAAGUUAAAUACUUUUAAUUUUCAUAGAAAGGUGGCAGCAUAAAAUAAUUAUACAGUAUAGUGCUGCCCUCUAACAAUAAAAUAUUGCGUUGUUUUUAACUUUGUAUUUAUCUAACGUGAGGAAGUUUUCCAUUAAGGUUUUCAAAGAUUGAUAAGAAAUACAUAUCUGUUUAAGUUCUAGAGUUAGCACAAGGGGCAAACUUGAAGAACAUAAACACAAUCAAAAUGUCACUUAGCAAUCUAAUAUCAACAUCGGAUUAAACCAUCAAAUGACCUAAUCAAUAAAC